CGCCAGUUUAGAUUUCCCUCGCUCUGAGUGGAGCUUGUAAAGGACAAUAAUGUGUCCUUCUUAUGAAAUAUAACUUAAAGAAUUGUAUAUAGCAUAGUGUAAUGUUAAUUACUGGAAAAUAAGCACUUUAUUAACAAGUUGGACGUCGUUAAAAGGCGGUCAAAGGUACAUUAGAGUCAGUGAAGGACCCAAAGCUGAACAACUAGAAUCUGAGGUCACCAGGUCAUCUGAAAUCAGCCCCACCAUUAACAUCACAAAGAUGGACAGUGAGGAUGAUCUGGACAUUCUGACGGCAUUGCUGGCUGAGAGCGAGGGUGUCGCAGAAGAUCAGGGCAGUCAGGAGCAGGCCGACGAUUUGGACGGCCUGUUUGAUGAUGACAACGAUGAGGAGGAAGAGUACAAAGAGGGCGUCGAGGAAGAAGGGGGAGAUGUGGAGGCAGAGGACACAGUGUCAGAUCUCUUUGGAGAUGUGGAUGACAUUGAAAAUGAGGAGAAGGACACUAAAGGAAAAGCAAGCGGAGGAGAAGCCAGUGAGAGUCUGAACAGGUCCAAGGAGGAUUUACAAGAGGAGCUGAGGCAGAUGCAGGAGCAGAUGCAGAAGUUGCAGCAGCAGCUGGAGGCGAGUCAGAAGGUUUCCACCCCAUCCUCCCCUCCAGUCAGGGCUGCAGGGCGCUCAGCUGCUCCCAAACCUGUGGCCCCCAAACCAACACCUCCCCGACAGCUCACCCCCAAAGUGACCCAGGUCAAACCAGCAGCUCCCUCACAGAAGACCAAGACACAAGCAGCAACGUCUUCAUCCACUCCGGUCAGAGGAGGAGGAGGAGGAGGACGAGUGAAGCUCCAGGAGUCUUCGGACUUUUCUGACCAGCUGAAUAACGCUGACUCCUUCAAACGCAAACCCAGAGUAGCUCAUGAACCCAAACCCAGCACAUCACCAGAAGAUAGGGGGCCACUGGUGGAGAUUAAGAUUGGCAGCUCCUUCCAGCCAGUAGAGAGCAGCAGCAGCAAGGUUUCCAAUCCUCUGCGCUCACCUGCAGCCUCCCACACCAGAGCUGCUCCAGCUGCAGCAGCAGGACAGCCGAAACCCUCUUCUCUACCUCCUCUUCCUAAAGACAUGGCUGUUGAGAGAUACUCAGGGCUGCGGCUCAGAAAACCGCGGGUUUCCUCCAGCGAGAUGGACCGCAAGAUGGCGGACCGCCGUUUCAUCCGUCUGUCACAGGUGCCAGAGCGUUUGGCUCGGGAGAAACUGGAGGACAGUGACUGGGUGACGUUUGCGGUGUUGGUCAAUAAGGCCACGCCACAGAGCAGCAGCAGUGGGAAAACAUUCAGCAUCUGGAAGCUGAAUGACCUCCAUAACCUGGAAGUGUUUGUGUCUCUGUUGCUGUUUGGUGAAGUCCACAAAGAGCACUGGAAGACGGAGCCGGGCACCGUUAUCGGACUCCUCAACCCGAACCCCAUGAAGCAGAAGGACGGAUAUGACGGGGUCAGCCUGACGGUGGAUCACCCACAGAAGGUGCUGGUGAUGGGUGAAGCUCAGGACUACAGCACCUGCAAGGCCAUGAAGAAGAACGGAGACCCCUGCUCUCAGAUUGUCAACAUGUACGAGUGCCAGUACUGCCAGUACCACGUCAAGGCCCAGUAUAAGAAGAUGAGCUCAAAGAGGGCCGAGCUGCAGUCAACAUUCUCUGGAAAAGCUCCCAACAAGGUGAAAGUGAAGGGCGGCGGCCUGAGAGAGCGGCUGUGUCAGGACGGCUUCUACUACGGCGGCGUCUCCUCGGCCGCCUGCGCCUCCUCGCUGACAGCGACCAAACCGAACAAACCCAUUCAGAAAACUCUGGACAAGCUGUUUGUGAAAGGCUCGACUCAGCUGGUCGAUCAGGCCAAGAGGCUCGCCAUAGAGACCGGUGAAGUUUCAGGUUGUUCUAACGAAUUCAAGAGCCUGAUGUCGAUGCCAACACCUGGAGCUCUGCAGCUGAAGAAGCACUUAGCACAUGGCAGCCAAUCAGUCUCCAAGGAUCCGACUGGAGCUCCAGUUCAGUCCAUCUCAGCCUCAGACCUGCUGAAGCAGCAGAAACAGAAGCAGCGGGAGCUUCUGGAGAACCGUCGACGGAGGGCGGAUGAGAUCCAGAAAAGGGUGCUGCAGAACUCAGAAAGGGCCAGACCUGGGUCGUCGUCCUUACCACCGAGCCGAGAGGGUCUGAUGUCCCCGAAAGCAGCUUCUGAGGUCCCCAAAUCCACCCAGAGCCCCGCGGCGCCUCAUGCGCCCACCCUGGGCCGAGGCUUCUCCAAGGGCGAAGACAUCCUGUUUUUUGAGAACAGCCCCCGUUCAGCUCCUCCUCCCAGCGCUCUCAGCCUAUCAGCCGCCAAGAUGGCUGCUCUGAAGAAACUGAGAGUUAAAGGGGCAGGGCUGGAAAAAGAAGACCCCAACGCAGUGAAGAGGAAGAGGAACAACAGCAGUGAGAUCAGCGUUCGGGUGGAGAAGAAUCUGACCUCGCCCAAUGGUGAGUCGUCCAAUAAUGAGGAUGAGGAGCCAGCCCAGAAGAAGAAGCGAGAUCAGCUCCAGUACAUUCAGUCAGAGGAGUUCCAGAAGAUCCUCAACGCCAAAUCUCGUCACGGGGUCGCGCUACAGGCGGCGGAGUACCAGCUGCAGGAGCGCUACUUUGAUGCUCUGGUGAAGAAGGAGCAGAUGGAGGAGAAGAUGAAGGGCAUCAGGGAGAUGAAGUGUCGUGCCGUCACCUGCAGAAAGUGUAGUUACACCUACUUUAAGCCGGCGGAUCGCUGUGUGGAGGAGAAUCAUGAUCUACGGUGGCACGACUCUGUCAAACGUUUCUUCAAAUGUCCCUGCGGACAGAGAGCCAUCGCUCUGGACAGACUGCCGCACAAACACUGCAGUAACUGUGGUCUGUUUAAAUGGGAGCGUGACGGGAUGCUGAAGGAGAAAAAGGGACCAAAGAUCGGUGGAGAGCUUCUCCUGCCUCGAGGAGAGGAGCAAGCCAAGUUCCUCAACAGCAUGAAUUGACAACACAAACUAGUUGUUAAGGGAACGUGUAUUUAGAUUUGUAUGUCUACAUUAAUUAUGUUUUUAAAGUCUGAUGUUGUUUUGUUGAUUAUGGUGGUUCUUAUGCUUGGAAAUAAGCUGAUUAAAGUGAUGCUUUUUGCGA